UCUAGCCUACCCCGCCCUUCCUGCACCCCUCGUACCCAGCCGCUCCCCCACCUCGGUUCCCCCAAGUACCGCGCUCCUCCGUCAGUGGGGACCCCCUAAUGGUUCCCUCCUGCCAGCCUUCCACGAUGUGCCCUCCGGACCCCUGUCCUGAGCCCCCCUCAGCCCACUCCUUGCCCGCAGAGCCCCUGGAGGGGAGACGGGCAGCAUCGUCUGGCUCACGGCCCCCCUCGGGGUGUGGCCCGCGCGGCGUCGAGGGAGCGGUGGUGACCUUUUCCAGAGCCCGGGAGGUGCAGACACGCAGCCUGUGGGGCUGGAGAUGGACCGUCUGAAGCCCUUGUCUAAUGCCCUCUUGGGGAAGAAGCCCAAAUUGCCACUGCCCCAAGAGCUCUCUCCAGCUCUGAGCCCGACCAUGGCCUGGGACCAGCCCGGUGCCCAGGGCGAAAGGCAGCAGCCGCAGACGCAGGACUGGGUGUGCGAGCCGCCCGAGAGCAGGUGCCCGAACCGCCCCUGGAGCGUCAGCAUCGACGAGCGUCGGCGGCUGGCCACGCAAGGCGGCUGGGAGGAGCCGGGCACCGGCGGGCCUCCCCGCUACUGCAGGGACAUCGCGCAGCUCGUGGCCCAGCUGGUGUCCGAGGACGUGGACAAGGACGUGCUCCUCCCCCACCCCCUGAGGUCUUCUGAGUCCGCCAACGCCUUCCACGCCUUCCUGGCCCGGAGCGCGCCUUUCUGGCGGACCGUGACUUUGGGGGCGCAGGUCUCGAGCUCACCACCCUUCCAAGAGCCGACUUAGCCCAGUGUCUGUCUUGCAGCGCCUUUUUCCUGAGGGUCUUGGGGUAGGCGGCGGCUGAGUCCUCUUCACCUCCCUCCGGGGGCUCGUGAGCCCAGGGAUGAGAACACGGGCCCAGAAGGACCCUCUGGCUGCCCCUUCCUUAGAAUGCGCAGCCCUGAGGACUUGGAGGCCACCUCAGGGAGGGGUGCCUUGCCCCGGCCCAGCCUCCAGGAGGCCACCAGGAGGGGCCUGGGGGACAGGGCAGAGUGGGGCCUUCCAGGAGAGCCCUCUGCCACCUGGAGAGCCUGCCCGAACCUUCCUGGGGUCAAGCAGCUGCGGAUGGCCUGGGAGCAGGGAGGGGGCCCCCCUACAGAGCCUGGCUCGUGACCAGCUCCUUUGCUGUUCCUCCAGGAGGAUGGGGAUUUUGAGGUCAUGAACUGCUGGGUACUGAUGCCCACCCAGCUUGGGGGCACUGGGUCUCAUUUUGGGCCCUGCCUGUGGGAGGCCCAAAAGGGCACACAUCACCCCCCGGGGGAGCAGAAGUCAGGGGCUGCUGAACACAGAGGGAGGCUUCCUGGACGAGGUGGUGCCUCCCCAGCUCAGCACAGUGGUUGGUGAACAGGCCAAGAAAGCAGUGUGGGCAGAGGGCAUGGGGAAGCUGUGAGGAGCUGGCCCUGGGCCCGCAGAGGUGUCUGCUUCUGGAGGUUGAGGGGUGGGCGGAAGGGUUCUGAGCUGGGGGUGACGAGGCAGAGCUGCAUUCGGGGAGAGGAAGCUGGAGGAGGGAAGGAGGGGGACGAUGCAGGCUCCCAGCCCUCAGGGGCCAUGGAAGGACAGCUGCGGGGGGUGGCGGGGUGUGCCAUCCCCGGGACUUGGCCCCUGACUCUCAGGGGCUGACGGGCUCCUGUGUGGGGGUAGCUGGCUGGAGGGAACUUUGGGUAAGAGGAGGUGACCAACCCCAGGCCUGGGGUGAGGGCACACAGCUGGGCACCUGCCUGUAGCGGCCUCCCUUGGUCCUGGAGCCUGCUUCUGAGAGGCUGCUGGCCCACAGGUCAGUGGAAGUGUCCUGAGGGGUGAGGUUCAGGCCUCCUCCCCCUCCCCCUCAGGGACCCUGAUGAAGUGGGGGGUGGGUGUCAUGGGCCAGGCUCCAUGCUGGGCAGGAAGUCCCCCACCCCAACUAGUGCUCACAGUGCAGAGUGGGAGCUAAAGUGCCAACAGUCAGGGUAGAGGUGACAAGAGCUUUGGAGUUUUUUGUCACGGAGUGGCUUUAAAGGACUCCCAUGUUGGCACUAGAGAUCCGGUGGUUCACCCGGCUGACCUACCAGUUCUGGUCUUGCUUGGGGCGGGUCAUGAGGCUGCAGUCAGAUGGUGGUGAGUCCAGGAUGCCCGGAUGGCCAGCUCUCUGCCUUUCACGUGCUCUCGGUGCCUCCGCCCAGCAGGCAGCCGGCUGCCCGGGGGGCCCAGCACCCAGCACUCCCACCACGGCGGCAGAGCAGAGGGGUCUGGGAGGGCUGAGGCCCCCAACUGGGCAGCAUCCU